UGCCUGAGACCUGCUCUAAACAAGCAGGGUGAUUGGAUAAUAACCAGAUAAUAAAGAAAUGUUAUACACAGGGGUGGACUAACAACUCAUGGGGCCCCCGGGCAAUAGGGGAUCAUGGGGUCCCUGUGUUAUUGCCCAAACUCAAAAAAGCCUACCAGGGGCAUCUCCUGGGGCCCCCUACUGACCCCGGGCCCUCGGGCAGUGCCUGAGUUUCCAAAUGGUCAGUCUGCCCCUGGUUAUACAGUA